UGAGGUUUUUCGUUAAAAUGGGAAAGAGUAAUAGACAAGGUGGGAAAAGGAAAGUCAACCACGAUCAAAGAAGACACAGGGAUGAGAAAUUUGAUGUUGAAAACUGUAGCAGUAGAAUGGCCUCGUGUCAAAUAGACAGUGAUAAGGAAUCUCAGUCACAUGCUGCAGAAAACUUCCCCUGUCCUUUAGGAAUGUGGGACUUGGAGCAAUGUGAUCCAAAGAAAUGCAGUGGCAGGAAGCUGGGCCGUUUGGGCUACGUGAAGACACUCCGUCUUCAGCAGAGGUUUAAUGGGCUGAUACUGUCACCAAUGGGAAUCAAAUGUGUGUCCCCAGAGGAUAGGGAAGUAGUGGCUCAGCAUGGCGUGGCAGUAAUAGACUGCUCUUGGGCUCGUCUGGAGGACACACCCUUUUCCAGAAUGAGAGGGGGACACCCACGUCUUUUGCCUUACCUAGUGGCUACAAACCCAAUCAACUACGGAAAGCCAUGCACACUGUCAUGUGUAGAGGCAUAUGCUGCAGCAUUUUACAUAACAGGAUAUGAAGAAUUGGGUGAAAUACUGCUGAAGAAGUUCAAAUGGGGGCAUACGUUUUAUGAAGUAAAUCGAGAAUUGUUGGAAAAGUAUGCCAAGUGUAAAGACAGCACGGAGGUAGUAGCUACACAGAAAGAGCAUCUGGAGCAGUUAGAGCUGGAACACAACAGACCGAAGGAAGAUCUGACAGAUAUAGACAUGAAUCUAGAACACUUCAAUCCAAACAGAAGAGUUGGAGAGAUGCCACCAAGUGACAGCUCUGAAGAGGAGAGUUCAGAAGAGGAGGGGGAGGAGUUAGAAUCUAAUAACGAAGAAGAGUGCAAUAAAAAUGACAAUGCAUGCGGAGGCACAAACGAGAAGGACCGCCCUAAGUCAGAAUCUCCGUCUGUAGACAAUGACACAUAAGAAAGUAAUUUGAAUAUGUGUAUUACAGUUAAACUGAAAAAAAUAUGAAAAUAAAAAUUAUUUAUCACACUG